AUAAAUUAAUAAAAACCGCAAGAUAUCAAGUCGAUUAUUUUUGUUGAUUUUAUAAUGAAUAUAAGAAAUUAUCGCACGCCUCUGUCGAGAAUCAAGUUUUGUUUAAAUUCUUCUAAAAUACAAUACCACUGGAUAGUACAGUAGUAAUUUAAAUCCCGUCUUCAGACAAUCUAGUGUGCAACAUUUUUAAUUUUUGUUCGUUUCUUUAUUAUUGCGAUGACAGUCUUCGGUUACAGUGGCGCACGUUGAAGAUUUUUAAUUGUUUUUGACGUUUUCAUCAAAAUUUAGUGAGCUGUGUAAUGAAUAGAUUAAUUUAUUUUUAAUAGGAUUUAACAUAAAGUAAAAAUGACGAAACCCCAAUACCUAGUCACCAUACUGACGCUCCUCAUUGCAUUGGCCACCACGCAAUCCCAAUUUGUGUCCCCUUGCCCGCGUCUCUUUAGAUACCUACCCAGGAACCCAAACGAGCAAGACCGAUGGUACGGCGAGGUGCUAGUACAAUCGGACGUGGAGCUUGUGGAUGGAGUUUUCAUAGUGCUGGUCUUCGAUAAGCCCUCCAUCCAGCUUGGGUCUUCCUUUGGACAACAAAUAUUAAGAAAAUCCGAAACUGAAUAUACCUUGAGGAAUCUUGGCUACAAGCUUGCAGCUAACACACCUUUAUUGGUAAAAUUUUAUAUAAGAUACAACCAAUAUGACGAUGCUCCACGAUUAACAGGGUUUAGGGUGAAUGCCCGACCAGUUUGUCCUGAACGAGGUAUAAGUAACGAUCAGUUUGUUACUAGCAAACCUGCCUUAGUUUACAAUAACAAUCCUCCAGCACAGGAUGAGGAGUUAAACUACGAUCUGAGAGAUCACCCAGACCCUUCACCAUACAAUAACCAUCACGAAACCAAGCCCACCAAUCAGAAUAGGAAUCAAGGUAAUUACAAUAUCGCUAAGGGAGAUCCACUCGUGACUAGGUUACAGGAUACACAGCCAAACUCGGAAGAUCAGAAUCUGCUAUCCACUUUAAAAACAUUACUGCAAAAAUUAGAGAACAAAGGCGGCGCUGACUCACAGCCUGAAGGUCACUUUAGAGGCGAGGAAAACGUCCAAUGCGGUACGGUACCGGCCAAACCUGUUGGGUUAAUCGUAAAUGGCCAAGAGUCAGCUCCAGGCGAAUGGCCUUGGCAUGUAGCGUUGAUGAAGUUCGAAGGGGCCGCGUCAAAUUACAUAUGCGGAGGAACCUUAAUAACAAAGAGGCACGUUUUAACAGCAGCUCACUGCGUUACCGGCAGACCAUCGAAUUCGAAACUAAACACUGAAUCGCUGACCGUAUUUUUAGGCAAAAAUAAUUUGAGAUACACCGCAACAACAGACCAACAAAGAGACGUAAGCGAGAUUUACGUUCAUCCUGAUUUCAGCCAAACGGGUCUUAAAAACGAUGUUGCCGUUCUUAAAUUGUCGUCUCCAGCAACGUUAAAUGAUUACGUAAGGCCCGUAUGCUUGUGGAGUGGGAGCACCAACCAAAAUGAAGUGGUCAAUAGAAAAGGUUCCGUUGUUGGUUGGGGUUACGAUGAGCACAAAAGAAUCUCCACGACCCUGAGGAAAGUGGACAUCCCUGUGAUAGAGCGUUCAGAGUGCAUCUACUCCAACCCAAAAUUCUUCCCCAGCGUUUUAUGGGAGAAAAACUUCUGUGCUGGGUACAAAAACGGUACCAUGAUCUGUAAUGGCGACAGCGGAGGCGGCAUGUUUUUCGCGAAGCCGGGAACCAGGGGUGCCCAAACCGUUUGGCGGAUACGAGGUCUAGUCUCCAUUGGAGUAGGCAACCAAGGUUACAGAAGCGUGUGCGACAGUCAGGAGUACACUGUGUUCACCGACGUGGCUCAGUACCAAGACUGGAUCGAGCGGACUUUAGAAAAAUGAUUAUGUGUUUGUUUUGCGAUGUACAUUUUUUAAUAAAGUUACAAGGAAAUUUUU